AUGACGUCUGAAUUGGCCGAAUCCUCCUCACCAGCUGCCAAUUUCACGGAGUCAGAUUUGAAGCCCACUGCCGAAUCCACAGCCAAGAUGCCCGCCCAGGUCUCGGAAGCCAGUGACGCGGACGCCAAGUCCAAGUCGCAGUCUGGCCAGGUGCGCUUUUCCUCCAUCACGCAGGAAAUCGAACCUUCAAAGACCCUUCUUUCGCCCGUGCAGGAAAUACCACCGCAGCCCGAGGCGUACAAACAAGUCUCUAGCGAGGAGGAAAUUCGAUCGCUGGCGAUGAGCUUGCAGAAGUCGCAGCUUCAAGAAUCACGCCUUCGUAACUAUUCCUUCGAACCAAUGUCUCUGCCACCUUCCAGGGGAUUCGAGCGAUCGCAGCGCCCACGGCACUGGGUCCUUCGUCACCUCCCCCAUCACUCUCCACCCGUAUCGGCAGUUCAGUCUCCUCCCCUGACGCCAGCGGGAACCAACUCCCGCGACGGUCGAUCUGGCGACAAUGCAGCCGCGCUACAAGCAAUUGACCGAGCCAAGCAGAAUGCGUCCGCGAUGACACCAGAAGCCUCGCCUCUUGUUUCAUCGGCCGAGAACUACGGAACGCAGCGAAGCGCUCCCACCUCGCGGCCGUCCUCUACGGAUCAUCUCCCAAUGAGAAAGGUCGGCUCCGCGGAACAACCAUCCCAGAUCAACACCGCCGUCCCCAGACAUCGCGCUCAGUUUUUUACCGGAGCCGAUGCUAGCUCUCAGGAAGAAAGUCCUCCCCCAACCCCGCGAUACUCUCAUACUCCGCCCGGCACGAUCACUCCCGUCGGUGAGCCGAAUGAUCCAUAUGCCCGGAGCAAGCGGCCACCGCAAUCCAAAAAUCUCGCCCAGCUGGAUGCACGGUUCAUCUUCAAUAGUCGAGACUCGAAACGAUCCUUCCGUCCCGGUAAUCCUCCGAGAUCGGCUAGCGCCAUUGAUCUUGGAAAGUCCAGCGACAAACGGUCGAGCAAGAAAGAGUCCAGCGAAAGCAAACACGGACACGGCCAUCAUCAUCACCAUCAUGGAUCCAUGUCCGAAUUGAAGCGAUUCUUCAAGAUGGGUCAUCGCAACAAGCGUCCCGAAUCACCAACCUCCGCCUCGAAGCGUUCGAGUCGGACCUCUGGAAAGAGCACCCCAUAUCAAAUAGCGACCGACAAUGUGCCCUUUGCCGAUGAUCAUGGGCUAAAUUCAAAGUAUGGAAAAAUGGGUCGAGUGCUGGGGUCUGGUGCAGGCGGGUCAGUUCGCCUGCUGAAGCGGAACAGUGACGGCGUCACUUUUGCCGUGAAACAGUUCCGGGAUCGCCACAGCUGGGAGACCCCGAAGGAGUAUUCGAAAAAGGUCACGGCUGAGUUCUGUAUCGGUUCCACCUUACACCACGGCAACAUCAUCGAGACUCUCGACAUCAUUCAAGAGGGGCCCCAUUGGUACGAGGUCAUGGAGUAUGCUCCUUUCGAUCUGUUCGCCAUUGUCAUGACAGGCAAGAUGAGCAAGGAGGAAAUCGCUUGUUCAUUCAAGCAGAUUCUUAGCGGUGUCGCCUACCUUCACGGUAUGGGUCUCGCACAUCGGGACCUGAAAUUAGACAACGUUGUUGUCAGCGAUCGGGGCAUCAUGAAGCUCAUCGAUUUCGGCAGCGCCGUCGUCUUUCGCUAUCCCUUCGAGAACGAUAUCGUUCCGGCGUCAGGUAUCGUCGGCUCUGAUCCAUAUCUGGCUCCCGAGGUAUACGACGAGAAGAAAUAUGAUCCUCGUCCCACAGAUGUCUGGUCGCUGGCGAUCAUCUUCUGUUGUAUGACGCUUCGUCGCUUCCCGUGGAAACAACCACGCACAUCCGACAACUCUUAUCGUCUGUUUGUGGCAACGCCAACACCAGGCACUCCAGUGACCGAAGCUGAUUCCCGACGCCAUCCGAAAGCCAAGUCCAGCCCAGAUUUGACCUCCACGGUACAGAAUGACAAGGACAAGUCUGAGGACGUGCCCGGCAAGUCUGCCGCCGCGCCUUCGGGCGCUGGAGUAGCGGAUCAAAAUGGUAGCAACCCUCCCGAUUCCCCAACAGAAAAGAGCGAUAACCCUGGUGAAAUGCCACGGAAGCAGCCUAGCCAAAAUGGCGGACAUAAAGCGGCGCGCACCACCAGCAAGGAAGCUCCGCCUCUGCCCCCGAACGCGCCCCAGCCGCCUCCGAAGCAGGAGGUCAUCAAAGGGCCUUGGCGUCUCCUCCGCAUCCUUCCUCGAGAAAGUCGAUACAUCAUUGGCCGUAUGUUGAAGGUCAAUCCCAGCGAGCGUGCAACCCUUGAAGAAGUGCUUGCCGAUGAAUGGGUCCGUAACAUCAUGAACUGUCAACAAGAAGACUCGGGUGAGGUCAUCGGUGCUUCAAACCACACCCACGUCCUUGAGCCACCAUCUCAAAGUCCAGCAGUUGCAAGCAAAGGCGGCAAGGCCAAGUAA